AGAUAAAAAUACCAAUGAAUUUCAUCGAAAAAUGAAGAUUAAAAUAUAAAACCUUUAAAUUUAUUAUCUGGGUAUCAAAUUUCUUUGUGAAAAACAAUGGAUUGUACGCUAAAAAUAUCAUCUUUGUCAGUUAGUUUGCCCAAAUUUUCACAAAUUUGUCGGAUAGGUUCCUUCUCUGCAACACCCAAUUUGAGAAAUUUCACCAACAAUGUCAUUUUUGGAUCUCCGAUACCACGACGAGCAAUGCCAAAUGCUGUUGGUGAUGCUCACAAACAUAUAAGCAGUCUUGAAUCUCUGUUUUGCUAUGAUAAAUCUGUACCGGAGGAAAGAAUUGAGAAGCCAACUGGAUUGUCAUUGGCCAAGAAGAAUACUGGAGAUAAUCCUCAUUGUUCCGAGUGUGAAGCUAAAGGCGCUGUCCUUUGUACCACAUGCUCCGGUUCGGGCCUAUAUGUUGAUUCUAUAAUGGAAAGUCAGGGAAUAAUUGUCAAAGUUAGAUGCUUAGGUUGUGGGGGUUCUGGUAACAUAAUGUGUUCGGAGUGUGGGGGUCGAGGUCAUCUUGGGCUUGCUUGAUCCUUUGGGUUUGAUUGGGACUUGUUUUUCAUGAAUCAUGAUUGCAAGCAUUGGCUUUGGCUUUGUCAGGUAACAUGAAAAACACAGAGUUUGUUACACAUAUUCAAGAACAGAUGAUUCAAAGUUAGCUUUGUGUAUCAAUUAAUUGUUUUUGGGGAAAAAUAACGUUAUCGGAUAAAUGCAACUAAAUUUCCUUUUUAGUGUAUCAGUUUUUGUUCUUGAUUCUUAUCAAGUUGAACAUCAAAGAAUGUAGUUAUAUCUGAAUGGAUGUAAAACAAUUUAGAGUUUUCAAGGGUUAUCUGAAACAGGCCACAGUAAUAUCCAUA